CACUGCUUCCUUCUAUCCUCCUGACCUCCUCCCGGUUUCUCUUUUCUGCGGCGCGACUUGGUCCCCCUCCAAUUAAACAAAUACACACCCCAUACUACAGCCAUACACACACAUGAGGGAUGGCUGUCGCUGUCUUCGGAAAGAUCCUCAUCGGCAUUUACGUGGAAAUCAAAAGGAGUGAUGGUCGAAUCCACCAGGCAAUGGUCACAUCACUGAAUGAAGACAACGAGAGUGUCACGGUGGAAUGGAUAGAGAAUGGAGAUACGAAAGGGAAAGAGAUUGACCUGGAGAGCAUAUUUGCUCUGAACCCAGAUGUGGCCCCUGAAGAGGAGGCAGUACAGAGUCCUGAGACCCCCCCUCCUGCCACCUCUAUCGCCUCUGCUGCCAAACAAAUCAAGCCACCCAAGAACCGACGAACAAUAGCACCCCCCAAGACUGAAACCCCAGCAAGAGAAAACAGAGCUGCAGCGGUGGGGACUACGCGGGCCAGACCCAGUCAGAUACAGCACCAGCAGAGCCAACCAGAACCACCCCCACCUGCAGCACUCACAGUCCUACAGACACAGCAAAUGACACUACAACAGCAGCAGAACGCGCGGCGGAAAUCCAACUGUGUGAAGGAGGUGGAGAAACUGCAGGAGAAGCGAGAGAGAAGAAGGCUGCAACAACAGGAGCUGAGAGAGAAGAAGGCACAGGAGGUAGAUGUCACUGUGCCUAACUAUGAGAUCAUGUGUAUGAUCAGAGACUUCAGAGCCAGUCUGGACUACAGGCCUCUAACCACCGCUGAUCUGAUCGAUGAGGAGCACAGGAUAUGUGUGUGUGUACGAGCACGGCCCCUCAAUAAAAAAGAGUUGACUAUGAAGGACCUGGAUGUGAUCACCAUCCCCAGUAAGGACGUGGUGAUGGUCCAUGAGCCCAAGCAGAAGGUGGACUUGACCAGGUACCUGGAAAACCAGACCUUCCGCUUCGAUUACACCUUUGACGACAGCGCAGACAACGACAUGGUCUACCGGUUCACCGCCCGACCACUGGUGGAGACCAUCUUUGAGAGGGGAAUGGCCACCUGCUUCGCCUAUGGACAGACAGGAAGUGGGAAAACGCAUACAAUGGGAGGAGACUUCUCUGGGAAGAACCAAGACUGUUCUAAAGGGAUCUACGCACUGGCUGCGAGAGACGUGUUUCUCAUGCUGAAGAAGCCAAACUACAAGAAGUUGGACCUCAAUGUCUAUGCCACCUUCUUUGAGAUCUACAGUGGGAAGGUGUUUGACCUGCUGAACCGGAAAGCCAAGCUGAGGGUUCUGGAGGAUGGGAAGCAGCAGGUGCAGGUGGUGGGGCUGCAGGAGAGAGAUGUCAAAUGUACUGAAGACGUCCUCAAACUCAUAGAGGUUGGAAACAGCUGCAGGACGUCAGGUCAGACCUCGGCCAACGCCCACUCGUCCCGUAGCCACGCUGUGUUCCAGAUCAUUCUGAGGCGGCGAGGGAAGAUGCAUGGCAAGUUCUCGCUGAUCGACCUGGCGGGGAACGAGAGGGGGGCCGACACGUCCAGCGCUGACCGCCAGACUCGCCUGGAGGGAGCCGAGAUCAACAAGAGCCUGCUGGCGCUCAAGGAGUGUAUCAGAGCCCUGGGUCGGAACAAGCCCCACACCCCGUUCAGAGCCAGCAAGCUGACCCAGGUUCUCAGAGACUCCUUCAUCGGGGAGAAUUCCAGGACCUGCAUGAUUGCCACUAUAUCUCCUGGAAUGGCUUCCUGUGAAAACACUCUAAACACUCUGAGAUACGCCAACAGAGUGAAGGAGUUUGGGAUCAGCCCAUCAGACAUCCCCUUCUCCCAGCAGCAGGGUGGUGGAGGGGGGAGUCGUGCUGAGCUCUCCCCCACUAAUACCUACGAGUACGAUGAUUUUCCCACCUCUCCCACCAGGGUGAAGGAGCUGACGGUGGACCCAGGGGUGAUGAUGGAGGGGCGGGGAGGACACAGCGUCACCCAGCUAGAGGUCCUGGAGGCUCAGUGGGGGGUCGGCAGCUCCCCUCAGAGGGAUGACCUCAAACUGCUCUGUGAACAAAACGAAGAGGAGGUGUCCCCCCAGCUCUUUACCUUUCAUGAGGCUGUGUCUCAGCUGGUGGAGAUGGAGGAACAGGUGCUGGAAGACCACCGAGCUGUGUUUCAGGAGUCUAUCCGCUGGCUGGAGGAUGAGAAGGUUCUGUUGGAGAUGACAGAGGAAGUGGACUAUGACGUAGACUCCUACGCCACGCAGCUAGAACAGAUCCUGGAUCAGAAGAUAGACAUCCUCAUUGAGCUCAGAGACAAAGUGAAGGGUUUCCGUUCUACGCUCCAGGAAGAGGAGCAGGCGAGCAAACAGAUCAACCCCAAGAGGCCUCGCGCUCUUUAGACACACACAUUCAAACACACACGUGUACGUACACACGUCACUAAUCUCAACACUUAACUGGAACCCUCUGACAUUAAGGCUACUUGAGACUGUCAUAAGCAUGACAUAACUGAUGUCCUUAGCCAUGGUCUCUAAAAGAUGGUCGGGGCCCAUUGCGGUACUGGGUUUUGGAUAUCUAAAUGUGGGUUGUGGCCUAAAGCAUUGUUUCAUUUGUCCAGAGAGGCAUAUUGACAUUUAAAGGCAUUAAAAGAAAUAGGAGGUCACAGCACAAAACAUCUGGAAACAACUGUACAAGCAAAUUAUUUAGUAAUUUGUUUAGACCUAAAUAAGAUCCAUGCUAUGAUGUAUUUUAUGAUUGAAGGAUCAUGAGGUGUUGCCCUAUUCUCUAUGUACAGGCUCUCAUUGCUGCUUGUAAAUAUCCUCCAUCCAUCCAUUUAUCCAUCUGUUAAACCGAGGACAGAUUCUCUCUUAUUUCCAUGUAUGUACAUGGGUAAUGUAUCUAUGUGGUGAAACAACUAUUGACAGAUUUUCAUUUAAACAAAGAUGCACCUUUUUAUAAGACAAACUGUAAGAUAUGAUCGAUUUUACCUCCAGCCAAUUUUAAGAAUCAAAACAACGUAUUUAUUUAGUAACUUAACUACCGUCCGUAUUCAAUCAUGCUCCUGGAGAGCUUUAGUGUGUGCAGGCUUUCUUUCCAGCACGAACACACCUGACUCAACAAAUCAACAAGACCGUGAUCAGCUGAAUUAGAUGUGUUAGUGCUAGGUUGGGGCAAAAGCCUGCACACACUGUAUUCAACUCUCCAGGACCAAGAGCAACAAACACUGAUUUAGUAGGAAAUAUAUUUCUGACCACCUGUUCUGAUCAUGUAGCCUAUAUAGGUUGAGGAAGUGAUAAUGUGUUGGUCUGGGAGCCAACCAGAUGCAUGCAUGCACAAACCAGCUGUGAUUGUACUUUAUUGGAGUUGUUGAAUACUCAUUUCUGUUUGGCUUGAAGGGCAUUCUAGAGCGUGCAUUAUUUCCCCAUAACACACGGUGUAUCUGCACGGUAAAAUUCAAUGGCUAUAGUUCAUUCUUACGUGUUCUAUGUUUGAGCUGCUUUUGGAAGCAAAAGUCGAAUUGAAAACAUUAUUGGCAUUGUUGAAUUGGAUUUUCAUAACUGUAAGCUAGGACUGAUGGUUUGUUGUGCUAAACUAGCGAGUAUGUUUGUUUGGUUACCAAGGCAACUACUGCAGCUCUCUAGUAAAACUUGCUAGCUACUUCAGUGGAUGUUGAACACAUUUCCAGCGUCAAAUUUGUUAAAUUAUAACCAUUGUAUGAAAGGGAUAAUAAACUCGAGCUCUAUGCGUUCUCUGGAAAAUAAUGCAACUCCGUGGAAGGUCAGUUCCACUCCGCUAGCGCGUUAUUUUCCACAGAACGCAUAGCCCCUUGUUGAUUAUCUCUUACAUAAACCUACUGCACACUCGUGUGCUACUGUACAUAAAUGCACUACUCUUUACGACCUUCUCCAACAGUGUUUUCCCAACCAUUUCUUAGGCAAGGUGUGCCACCCUUCACGUCUAAAAAGACUGGUUGAAAUGUUCAGUGGCUUCAACCUUCUGAUGUUUUUGAGGGACAUUGUGCCCCUCCUAAGAAUAUUGGGGAAACACUGUCGUACAAAUGCUUCUAAUGACUAGCUUGUAUAAAACUGCUCUGUGUUACUUGCUAGGAUAAAUAUUUAUAUGUACCAACCUGCCUCUUAACAAGCCCAGUCGCAGUUGUAUCUGUCCGUUCUGUUUACAAGGCAAUCAAUGUGCUAUUAACUGAAGAAAUACCCUCGUACUAUGAAUCUUGUAAAAAAGUAUCUUUUCUCCCCCCAUCCCAUUUUAAAGUUGUUUAUAAAAGGGAAUAUAGAGGUGCAGAUGUAUAGUGAUGAAAAGGACUGAGUUUGGACCUAGCUGCUGCAGUGUAACUAGAACUUGACUACGGUACCUUAAGAUAAUUGAUGUGUGCAUCAGAUGUAACUGCCUGGCUUAAAGAAUAAAGAACCACCUGACUGACUGCA